GGACUCAGGAGUUGGGCCGAGAGGUUCUUACCGGCGCCGCGGCCACCCGGAUCCGUGGGAAAGUGGGAAUUAAAGCGUAAAAGAGGCGUUUGGAUCGAGGUUUUCACCCGACACUGGAUUCUUCUUCUUCUUCUGAUUUUCCUUAUCGCUCCUGGUGGUCUCCACGUCCAGUUGCCCUUACUGCACCAUCAGCUUUCACCUUCUCCCCUUUUGGAGUUAUUUAUUACCAUUGUUGUUCGUUUGAGCUUGAAUUUCUCGCCACAACCGCACCGUCUGCGGCUUAUCGGCUGGGCAGAGUUAGCAGCCAGCAUGGAUCGCAGCAGCUGGAGUGGCAGUGAGAGUCCGGGGGAGGACUUGGACAGAAUGAGUGACUCAGGAGGGGACAAGACCAUGGAUGGGGACCCUGAGGGGGUCUGGAGUCCAGACAUCGAGCAGAGCUUCCAGGAGGCCCUAGCCAUAUACCCGCCUUGUGGGAGGAGGAAGAUUAUUCUCUCAGAUGAAGGGAAGAUGUACGGUCGAAACGAGCUGAUAGCCAGAUACAUCAAAUUGCGAACAGGGAAGACGCGGACGAGGAAACAGGUAUCCAGUCACAUCCAGGUCUUGGCUAGAAGAAAAUCCAGGGAGUUUCAGUCCAAGCUAAAGGACCAGAACGCCAAGGAAAAGGCUCUGCAAAGCAUCUCGUCCAUGUCCUCGGCUCAGAUCGUGUCGGCCACGGCCAUACACAGCAAGCUGCUGCCUGGGAUCGUUCGCGCCAGCUUCCCUGGCAAUGCACAGCUGUGGCAGGGGAUGAUUCCAGGAGGACAAUCCAGCUCCACCACAGAGGACAUCAAGCCGUUCUCCCAGCAAGCCUACUCUGUGCAGACGGCAGGGACCACCACAAUCACAGCCUACGAGCCUCCCGCUGCCGCACAAACGCACCGAGAGCCGGCGUGGCAGGGUCGCUCCAUCGGCACCACCAAACUACGACUGGUGGAGUUUUCAUCUUUCCUGGAGACGCAGAGGGAUCAGGAGGCAUACAACAAGCACCUGUUUGUGCACAUCAACCAGAGCAGCCCGAGCUACAGCGACCCGCUGCUGGAGUGUGUGGACAUCCGGCAAAUCUACGACAAGUUCCCCGAGAAGAAGGGCGGCCUCAAGGAGCUGUUCAGCAAGGGCCCCCAAAACGCUUUCUACCUGAUCAAGUUCUGGGCGGACCUGAACUACGUGCAGGACGACCCGGCAGCGUUCUACGGCGUCACCAGCCAGUACGAGAGCUCGGAGAACAUGACCAUCACCUGCUCCACCAAAGUCUGCUCCUUUGGCAAGCAGGUGGUCGAGAAGGUGGAGACGGAGUACGCGAGGUUUGAAAACGGGCGCUUCGUCUACAGAAUCAGCCGCUCGCCAAUGUGCGAAUACAUGAUCAACUUCAUCCACAAGCUCAAACACUUGCCUGAGAAGUACAUGAUGAACAGUGUGCUGGAGAACUUCACUAUUCUGCUGGUGGUGAGCAACAGAGACACUCAGGAGACCUUGCUGUGCAUGGCGUGUGUGUUCGAGGUGUCCAACAACGAUCACGGAGCGCAGCACCACAUCUAUCGACUCGUCAAGGAAUAACGCACUCACUCUCUCAGAAACACACAAAUAUGGCCUUUGCUUUGUUACUGGUGAUGCUGGAAGACAGAAUAGAUGCGUACAAAACAGAUCCCACAUCUGUACGAAACUUCAGCUGAUGCAGAAAAGAAAUGGCUGCAUUACUAAACAGAUAAUAAAGGGGUGAUCGUUAACGUCUGGAUACGGCGCCGUGUCCUGCAGUAACCUCCUCUACGGGACAAACGAGACGCAAAAAUCUCUUCCACAAACUGCCCAUCAGUAGCUCGUUAGCUGUUAAAAAAAAAAAAAAAA